CCCUUCCGGUCUUUUGGGCAUGGUGUGUUUCGCCGGGGGUGGGGUGGGGGCGUCGGGCCGAGUCCCCGCGCCGCGCGGCUGGGAGCCCGCGCGAUGUCGGUGGGGGGGUCGAGUCCGGGCCGCCGCCGCCUCCCGUUUGCCGCGCGCCCCCAACGCGGCGGCGGCGGUGGCGGCGGUGUCCGGCCGGCUCCCUGCCGCGGUCCGCCGCGCCGCCUGGGGUUCCUUCCGCGCCCCGCGCCCCCCCAAACAACGCCUCGCCCUGUCGGGGUGGGCGGCUCGCCCCGAGGCCGUGUCGCGCGCGUGGCCGCGCCCCGGGGAUGCGUGCCCCGGUGGUGGCCCGCGGGACGCCGCGGUGUCCUUCCGCCGCCGCGCGCUUCCCCCCGGGCUGCGGCCGCGCGGUGCCUCGUGCCCCCGAGCCCGCGGGGUUUCGGUGUCGCUCCGGGGGGUUGGGUGCCCGGCUUCCAGCCACCCGUCGGUCGUGGGGCGUCUUGGCCGCACACGCGCGUGAGGCUGCGUGGAGGGAGAGAGGGGGAGGCAGGGGGGGCCCCCGGCGGUCGGGGGGCGACCGCCGGGUUUUUCUUCUCGUUGCUCCCUCGCCUGCCGCCCUCCUCCUCCUCCUGCGCCUGUCCUCCGCGCCGCGGCGCGUGCGUUCCCCCCGGCCGGUGGGGUCUCUCGGCCUGGUCGUCGUUGUGCGCCUUUCCCUGCCGCGCCCCGCCCCGCCCGCCCGUCCCCGUG